AUGUCCGAGCCCUGCCCCGGCAAGGAGGCCGCCCCGGCCGAGUGCCCCGUGUGCUACGAGAAGUUCCAGCCCCUGGAGGCCACGCACCGGCGGCUCAGCUGCGGCCACACCUUCUGCCACGACUGCCUGGUGAAGUGCCUGCUGUCGGCCAAGCUGGACGGGCGCGUCCAGAGCAGCAUCGUGUGCCCCGUGUGCCGCUUCGUCACCUUCCUCAGCGAGAAGAAGGCUCCGUGGCCGCCCGAGGGCGCCGGCCCGGUGCCUCUGGCGCCGUCCUCCCUGUCGCAGCUGGCCAAGGGCGAGGCCAGCAAGGCGCUGCUGGUGCCCAGCCGCUUCGUGGUGCCGCUGCAGAGCCCGGAGCGGUGCCCGGCGGGGCCGCUGGCCCGCGAAGCGCACAUCUUCAUCAUCGGCGAGCGCGGCGCGCCGCCCGUGGCCGCGGAGCGCGGCUCGCUGCCCGGGAGCGGCGGCGAGGAGGCGGCGCUGGGGCUGCGGUGCUGCCAGUCCCCCAUGGCCCUGGCCGUGAUGCUCGUCCUCACCGUGGCCCUGCUGGCGGCCGUGCUGCCCUGGCUGCUGCUGGUCAGGAGGGACGGGUAG